GUGCUGUUUGACUUGACAGAUGGCAGGCGGGAGACGCUCCUCACGGCUGUCUCUCUCGGUCCGUUGGUCCAUCCCGGUUCCCAUUGUCUCCCCCUUUUUCCACUUCUUCUUCAAGACAAACCCCGAGACCAGAAACUCAGCGUCAGACGUCAUUUGGCUCCGAUCCGCUUUUUUUUUUUUGCGCGUCACGUUUGGAGACUUACUUCGACCGGGGAUUUGACAUCGCUCCAUUCUGCGCGGAAUUUGGACAUCCGUGUGUUUUUUUUGUUGUUGUUGCUUUUGGGUUUAUUAUCGUGGAAGUGCCUUUAUCACAACGAAGAAGGCUGGUGGGGGAUCAACCAUCGGAUCAGGCUUCUGAGAAAAGAAUAAAAUAAAAUACAAAAAAAAAAAAAAAACCCUUGUAGUGGACCAGAGGGGAGAUGAUCCUAAAAAGGGAGACUCAUUAGACAGAAAGAGCCCCAGAAAUCAUCUUCCAGGAGGCUGACAUAAAUCAGAAGACCCCAUCAACGCUCUCAGCCUCCACUGCCUGUCUGGAUAAGUCAGGGCAUUUAGGAGGAAAAAGUCGUGUGGAAAGAACACAGCGGCGUUUGGGUGAGGAUGUUGCCGUUACUUCCCCUGAGAUAAGAAGAGGAGAGGAGCUCGUUUCUGUCUCUGUUUGUGUGUGUGUGUGUGGAGGUGGGAUCAUAAAUAAAUAAAUGCAAGGACCACUUUCACUUGUUUCCUCCACCUGGAAACAAAUUACCAUCACCAAAGCAGGCAAUCAAGUGUGGGGGGGUCUUUAAUCGGAUUAUUGAGCAAGAGAUCUGAGAGAUCCGUGGGAAUAUAUCCAGCCAGUUCCACCAUCUGUCUGGUGCUGUCCAGGAUUGUGCCAGUUCAGCAGGGAUAAAGAUGCGACUCAGUGAGAUGAGCCCCGAACGGAUUACCAGUCCUACAAGGUGAAGUCUGGAGAAGCCCAACCGACACAGUUGGAACAUUUUCUCACCGACGAAAGGGGGGGAGCUUUUAUUUUGUUGGCCCUUGGAGAAGACCUGUUUGAUUUUUUUAUUUGUCCUGCUAAAAUGCACAUUAACAGCCUGUUAUUAAAGAUAGAUGAUAAUGUGUGGUCCUGAAUUCUCCUAAAUCGUCCUAAAGGUCCCUUUUCCAUAAUUGAUCCCUGACCUGGACCUGUGUGUGUGUGUUUUUUUUUUAAUGAGACCCCUCAUCAGCCUUUCAUCUGAAUGAAGUGGUUGCUCUGAGCACCAAAGAGCACAGGGGCUGCGCUCCGCUCUCUGAGGCCGCGGAGCAGCGCCUCCACCUGGGGCUGCCAGACAGCCAGACGGGCCCCUCGCUGGAGGGGGUGGGCGUGGAGGUGAAGAAGAGACUUUGGGGAUUAUCUGGAGUUUCUGGACCUCUGCACAGGAGGAGGAAGUCAUGGGGUGUUGCAGCGGCAGGUGCACCCUGGCCUUCAUCUGCGGCAUGCAGCUGGUCAGCGUGUUGGAGCGUCAGGUCAUUGAUUUCCUGGGCUACCAGUGGGCUCCCAUCCUGACCAACUUCCUACACAUCAUCGUUGUCAUCCUGGGCCUGUUCGGCACCAUUCAGUUCCGACCCAAAUAUGUCACCGGAUACGCAGCCUGGCUCGUCAUCUGGAUGACCUGGAACGUUUUCAUCAUUUGUUUUUACCUGGAGGUUGGAGAUCUGUCCAGGGAGUCUGACCUUGUCCUGACGUUCAACCUGUCCAUGCAUCGCUCCUGGUGGAUGGAGAACGGCCCCGGGUGCAGGGUGACACCCAUCACCCCUCCUCCCUCUUGGGCACCCGAGGACCACAGAUAUAUAUCUAUAUCUGGCUGUCUGAUGGACUUUGAGUUCAUCGAAGUGGCUCACUCCUCCCUGCAGAUACUCCUGGCUUUGGCGGGGUUUAUCUACGCCUGUUAUGUGGUCAAGCUCAUUUCUGAGGAAGAAGACAGUUUUGACUUUAUAGGCGGAUUUGACUCCUAUGGUUACCAGGGACCCCAGAAGACCUCCCACCUCCAGCUACAGCCCAUGUACAUGUCAAAAUAAGCCCAGAAGCUACUCCGGAGGAGCUGCCUUACCAGUGAUCACCGCUUAGAGCCCUGCGUUUACCACUCCAACUCUCUUCUAACAAACAGAGACAGACCUGUAGACAGAGGAUAGAUCACACUUACCGUUUCUAGCUCCAGAUACCCUGAAAUGCUCAAUCAGAUGGCAUCCUCUGGCUCGGUUUGUCCGCCGAUGGACUCUCUGAUGAAAUACUGGCAUCAUGUGGCCAAGAGUGGUAACCGCAGCAUCUGUCAGCCACACCGAUUUCAUGUUUUUGAAGCCCAGUCAGGAGCUAAUAUUAUGAUUUGCCUCCUGUUUUUUUGUUUUUUGUUUUUUUUGUUCUCCCCUGAAUGGAUAGCUGUGAGGGAAGACCGAGGGGGAUGCAAUAAGGUUGACUUUCCUCAGGCUGUCUGAAAGAAUUUAAAAUCCUGCUGUCAAAUGUCAAAUCUGAGCCCACUAACUUCAAGAUACCGUAACAGAAUGAUCCGGCUCAAGACUCCUUGAGUGCUUUCACGCAGAUACGCCUGACCAAAGAUGUUAAAGUAACAAAACUCAAACUAAAAAAAAUCAGCCACUCCUAAAACCUAGCCGAGCUUUUUUCGGCUCUUGGUGCCUGACAGUUUACUCACCAGACUUCCAACCAGGAACCUGUGAAGGGGACGACUGAUUGAGAAAUGUUGGACAUUGCUUUUCUAAAACCUACUUUUCCUGCUGCAUUUUAGGAUCCGGUCACGACAGCGGAAAGCGAUUCCUCGAAGGGAAGCCCGGGGACGCUCAUAAACCUGGGGUUUUAUGAAUGUUAACUAACAGCGGGAUACGACGACUUACAGGCUCUCAGCUCACACAUGCAUGUGAACGAGAUAACAUGCAUGCACACAGGUCCUUCUUACUAAUGUGAAUCUUAAACAAUGUUUACAAAAGUAAUGUCUCGUCGACAAAAAGGCUGGGCAGGGAUGGACAGAGGUGACCCCCCUUACCUUUUUAGCUGCAGCUUUUUGAGACGCCUAAAUAUUUUGUCUUCCACUCAAGACAGCCGCGGAGAGGUCGACAGUCAGAGCAGAGCUCCUCCGACCCCUACGCCGUCAUAUCUACAGCCCCUUGCAAAAGUUUCAGUAAGUCUUCAGCGUGUUUCGAAGAAGAUUUGAUGUGAUAGACAAACACAAAGUAGUUUUGUGACUCUGGAGGAGCAGCAGAGUUUGGCAGCUCAGGUGGUACAAUCCUUUGACAGGGUAGCUAUUAGCUGUGCAUUACAGAACUGUGGGAAAUUUGACAAUAUUACGUAAAUAGAUGGAUCUUUACAGCGUUAAUUGGCAAUGCUUCGAUCCCGCUUUAAUCAGCGCUACGCCAAACAUCUGAACCACAAUGAGAUAAGCCGUUAUAGUGACUCCACAAGAACAACUCAUCUCAAUGAACAUACCAGCCCUCUGGAUAAACAGCAUGCACUGAAAAAAAUAGACCUAAAAAUAAGUAAAAUGUUCUUAAAAUUAGUGUUUUUGUCCUAGAUUUGAGCAGGUAAAUAAGACCA